AAUUUUUCUUCAGUCCGAUUCUUCUACUCUUACAGACUAGUCAGCAUCACCAGACGUCAAAAUCGUAAUUUAUUUCUCGAAUGUUUUUUAGUUUAAUUCUGUUCAAUGUUGUGGUAAACCAACUUGACGCUUCGCUGGUCCCUCCCGAAGCCAAGAGUUAUCUAGCGAGUUUCGGUUACCUACAUCCGAAAUACAAGAAUUCCACUAAUUCGUUCACUUCAGGGGAUACUAUCCGAAGAAAUGCCGUCAGCGAUUUCAAAUCCUUUUCAGGCUUGGAUCCAACAGGUAUUGUACACAAAGAAAUAUUAACGCGGAAGACGAAACCUCGGUGCGAUCUUCCGGAUCGGAUCAUUCUGGAAGGUUCGUUCACUCGGCGGAAGCGCAACAUUGAUAUUAAAGGAAACCGUUGGACUAAAGAUGAAUUAACUUAUGGUAUUAGCAAAUACACGCCGGAUUUGGAAAAAUCCGUCGUAGAUCGAGAAAUCGCCAAAGCAUUUCGUCUAUGGGAAGAAGUAACUCCAUUGAGCUUCACUUUUGUUGAGACGGGAAACGUUGACAUCGAAAUCCGGUAAUGGAGUAAGAACUUUUCAGUAUGGCGGUCAUUCCGACAGUAAAGAUGAUCCACCCUUUGAGGGCCCGGGUGGCAUUUUGGGUUACGCUUUCUUUCCCAAAU